AUGCCGCAAAAGGCUCUGGAAGAGGAUCCUUUGGCAUCACUCAUCGCGACGGUAUCUGGUGUAGACGAAACAUAUUCUUCUAAUAUUCCUCUUUCCUCUGGUUCUAUACAACAGGGGCCGUACUGCUCAAAUGAUCCUUUUGACUUCGCAUUCCCCAUUAGAGAACCAUUGCAGACGACUCAGAAGACAAGUCUCACAGAUAUGGCUGCAUGGAACCUACCAUUCACCAUACCAUCAGAGGCUUUGCCAAACACGGCGGAUGAAGACGAGGUAAUGGAUAAUUACGUUCCAACAAUACCCUCAUGCCCCCUAUUAGAGGACGGAAACUCCGAUCUGGACCAGCUAGAGGCACUAGAAGGCUGGCCACUUUUCCAGUGCAACCCCGUCAUACCAUCGUCUACAUGCGUACCUACAGCCGCCAAACACGUGAAUGAAAUGCAUUCCCUGCUCAGGCACGAUAAUAUGACAGCUCAGCAUAAUCAGCCGGUGGCGUGCAACGUCGUCGUUGAACCUCUUCCAGCAAGCAUCAGGGAGAGGCUCAGCACUGUCAUGCAGGGGCUCUAUAACGAGGCGCAAGAACUUUACGAGCUGCAAAACUUGGAUGACAGAAUGCCUGGCUACGCUGGAGGAUCCAUCCUGAUCCUACCUCCGCCGUCUGUAUUGGAUAUCUUGCUCCGGUACUAUCUCUGCUGUUGCGAGCCUUACUAUCCAUUCAUCCCCGUUGCGGCUUUGAACAUCGACGAACGCAUGAAAGGGAGAAACACUACCUUACCCAGCAUGCUGUUACUCCUCAUGUUCGCUGCCGGUGCCAUGGCAGCUGGGGCAAACGAGAUAUACUCGAAGAUUGCACAUGGACUGGUUGAGAUAUGUCGCAUUUCCCUGCGAAAUCUCAUUGAAAAGAACAUCAAGCUAGCUUCAGACCAUGAAGUCUCUCAGUGCGCACUGCUCAAUCUCAUUGUCUCUGCAUGGAGCGGAGACAAGUGGCAGAUGGACAUGCAUUUGAAAGCUGAGCGAAAUUGCCACAGGGACACCCAGGUAGCCCAGCUAGAAUUUAUCAAUAAUGUCGCCCAUUCCUGGGAGAUAUGGAAGGCACAGGAGGGGGCUAACAGCCUAUGGAGCGCCAAGUCCGCAAAAUCAUGGAUUGAGGUGAUGCUAUCCGCAUAUGGACGGGUCAGCAUGCCUCCUUCUCUCAGUGAUUGGUUGUAUUGGUUCACAGAAACGAAUGAUUCCCGCUCAAUGGCGCAUAUUUCACCAAUCACGCUACGACUAUUGCUCUGCCAUCUUCAGAAUCAGGUUAUGCAACUGCGAUUCAACAUAGACAGGGCUCUGAGUAGAGGUCAAACUCAUAAUGGCUCUCAACACCUGUCCGUUGUUCUAUUUGCGGUGCAAGUGCAAGAGGCUCAGGAACAACUGCGCAAGUGGCAUGAUCUUACCAAAACACAGAUUUCAAAUGAAACAGCCUUCCCGGAAACUGCAUCCAACAUGAUGUUAUAUCAUCUUAUCAUGCUCAAUACGAUGGUUAGUUUCCCGGAAAUCGAGCUUUUGGCACGCAGCGAUCACAAAGGUGAGGUGGGCAAUAAUCCACCGAGACGUUGCUCUCAGUACGCCCAUCAUUUAGAAAACACGACGGAAAUAUAUUUUCAUUGUGGUCAGGUCAUGCGUCAAGUUCGGUCAAUACCUGAGCCCAUCCGGCCGCCGUGGUGGGCCGGUGCCAUAUAUCGAGUGGCUCUGGUUGCCUGGACAAAUGGCUUAGUGUCUGCCGACGUGGUCAACUCAUCGCAUCGGGGUGACACGGAGACGCAGGGCACGGUGCUCUUGGACGUCCUUCCGCCAUCUCAUCCGUCUAUUAUCUCCUACCUGAACCACCGAGGGGGCAUCCCUGCAUUCUCGGACUCGGAUGAUGCCGCAGUACACUUGACCGACUCCGUUGAUGUGAUACGUCAUUGUGCUAGCUUCCUUGACACGGAUGUCAGGACCAAAUUUACCCUCGGCAUCCGGCAAAAGUUGCUGACGAUGGCAACCCGGUGGCAGAAUGGCAAUCCGUAG